GCGGCUGAGGUUGUUGAGGUUGUGGGGGGUUGGAGGAGGAGGGGCUCUGGCUAUUUUUGGCCCCAGACCGUGUCACGGCAGCUGUCCCCCACCAUCUCUCCCCACGUGGCGUUGAGGAUAACGGCACCCCCCCCCCCCUACCGGCCUAUCGCAUUUCCCCCACUUAUUCAGACGGAGCGACGUGCGACUCGCAGUGACGUCGAGCGGACUCUUCCCCCUUUCUCUCUUUCUCCGCUCUAACUCACUGCUGGCUUCUCCCUGCCACAACCUGCCACUCUACCCUGGUAAAGGAGAGCUGUCCAUUCCACCCAGUCUCCAGCCCGUAGCCUCAAGACCAGCAGACCUCGGGCCCCACCGGCAGAGCCUAGGCUACCGUAGCUCUCAUCCGUCAGUUGUCACCUCCUGUGUCCCCCCCUCCCCCGUCUCUGUACCCAUCCGGAUCCCAUCCCCCCUCUCCCAACCCUCCCCGGCUCCAUCUGCCCCCUGUUGUCCAUGACCGCAGAGCCUCCAUCAUGGCAUUCUCAUCACGCUUUUCAUUCUGGGAGCAAAAGGCUAAAGACGAGAAUCAGCCAGGCUCCAAAGGUUCCAACUCUGACAGCGACGGAGGCAUGAGCAGCCAAUCGCAGUCGGUCAGGGGUCCGGGCGGGGAUGCCUCGCGCUUUGAGAGCCCCAAGGCGGAGACGAGAGCGCAGAGGGAGCGCGUGCAGAGCCCAUCUCCGCCCCCCAGGGUGAGGAUGUCUCUGAAGAGCCCGGAACCCCCCAGGCCCGCAGCGAGUCCGUGGCAGAGCAGAGACAACAAGAGCAAUGGUGCUCUGAACGGUGCAGAGAAGCCGGCGUCUUCGGCCGCGAGCGAAGACCAGGGCCUGACUCGCAAGAAGGUUGUGAAGGUGGUGCGGCGGGUGGCCCGGAGGCUGAUGCCCGGAGAGGAAGAAGCGCAUCCCCCGGCCCCGCCGGCAGAGCCCGCGCACCCCGUCUCCGUGCCCAAGGCCCCAAAGGCUCCGGCCCUCUCCUUCAAACAUGACAGCGUUAAGAAGGAGGAGAAGGACGACAUCUCCGUGGGCCUGACCAGCCUGAUGGGACGUGGGAGGACCAAGGACCACCGGCCACGCUUCCGUGCCCCCGACCGAAAGGCCGAGCCUCCCGAGAACAGGGAGGAAGAGAAGGAGGAGGCAGAGAAAAAGAGGGAAAAGGAGGAGAACCAGAGGGCGGUGGAGCUGAAGGUGGAAGAGGAUGCCAAGGAAGCUCCAACUCCCUCUUCUGGGAAGGAGAGCACUUCCCCUGUCUCACCUUCAAGCAAAUUAGAUCCCCUCUCCCCUCCCCCUGGAUUCAUCCCCACCCCCAAACCCUCACCUUUAUCGCCUCCAGUUGGAUUUAUCCCAGCUUCCAAGCCAUCCGCUCUAUCGCCCCCUGCUGGAUUCAUCCCUGCCCCAAAAUCAUCUCUAUCACCUCCUGCUGGAUUUAUCCCUUCACCUAAACCAUCUCCGAUGUCACCUCCCCCUGGAUUCAUCCCUGCUCCAAAACAGUCACCUCUAUCGCCCCCUGCUGGAUUCAUCCCUGCUCCAAAACAGUCACCUCUAUCACCCCCUGCUGGAUUCAUCCCUGCUCCAAAACAGUCACCUCUAUCGCCCCCUGCUGGAUUCAUCCCUGCUCCAAAACAGUCACCUCUAUCACCCCCUGCCGGAUUCAUCCCUGCUCCAAAAUCAUCAUCUCUAUCACCUCCUGCCGGAUUUAUCCCCCCACCUAAACCAUCUCCUAUGUCACCUCCCCCUGGAUUCAUCCCUGCUCCCAAAUCCAGCCCUCUCUCACCUCCCACCGGAUUCAUCCCAGCCCCCAAAUCCUCUGUGAGAAAGCCUGAGGCGAAGGCAGCGUCGUGUAUUUCCUCCGUUCUGGCCGGGAAGCCCUCUCCUGGGAGCACCCAACAGCUGGAACCUGUGGCCCGAGCCACAGCCGCCUCUCAGGUACCAUGCUCCUCUGUGGAUGCACCUCCUCGGCCAGGCCCGGCCCACAGCCGGGGAGGCGUGUGUGCUCGUGUUUCGUGCUGCGGUGGACAGGUGGAUGUGGACCCCGUGGCUGUUCUGCAGGCAGCCCACGCGGCUGCCGCCCAACUCAAGGUGAAGACGGAGGAGCAGAUUGCGGCUGAGCAGGCAUGGUACGGCACGGAGAAACUGUGGCUGGUCCACAGGGACGGCUUCUCCCUGGCGACCCUGAUAAAGACGGAUCCGGGCAGUCUUCCGGAAGGGAAAGUGAAGAUUCGGCUGGAGCACGACGGCUCGCUCCUGGAUGUGGAUGAAGAGGACGUAGAGAAGGCGAACCCCCCGACGUACGACCGUGUUGAGGACCUGGCCUCGCUGCUCUACCUGAACGAGUCGAGCGCCAUCCACACCCUGCGGCAGCGCUAUGGCGGAAACCUCAUCCACACGCAGGCCGGAACCAACAUGGUGGUCAUCAACCCCCUCAGCGCCCCCUCCAUGUACUCCGAAAAGGUGAUGCACAUGUUUAAAGGCUGCCGGAGGGAGGAUGCGGCUCCUCACAUUUACGGCGUGGCCCAGACGGCGUACCGCAGCCUGCUGACCACGCGGCAGGACCAGUCCGUGGUGCUGCUGGGCCGCAGCGGCAGCGGCAAGACCACCAACGCCCAGCACCUGGUGCAGUACCUGCUGUCCAUCGCCGGCAGCUCUGGGAAGAUCUUCUCCGCGGAGAAGUGGCAGGCCGUCUACACCAUCCUGGAGGCCUUCGGGAACAGCGGCACGCCCAUGAACGGGAACGCCAGCCGCUUCUCCCAGAUCGUCUCACUGGACUUUGACCAGACUGGCCAGGUGGCGUCUGCUUCCAUUCAGACGAUGCUGCUGGAGAAGCUGCGGGUGACCAGGAGGCCGGAGGGAGAGGCCACCUUCAACGUCUUCUACUACAUGAUGGCUGGAGCGGACGGCUCCCUCAGAACGGAGCUGCACUUCAACCACUUCGCGGAGAACAGUGCUUUCGGAAUCAUGCCUCAGUCCAAGCCUGAAGACAAACAGAGGGCAUCACAGCAGUUCACUAAGCUGCAGGCGGCCAUGAAGGUCUUAGGGAUCACAGGAGACGAGCAGAGGGCGUUCUGGCUCAUCCUGGGGGCCAUAUACCACUUAGGGGCCGCAGGGGCCACAAAAGCCGGCCGGAAGCAGUUCGCCCGUCACGAGUGGGCGCAGAAGGCAGCCUACCUGCUGGGCUGCUCGCUGGAAGAGCUCUCCUCCUCCAUCUUCAAGCACCAGCCCAAGGGGGGCCUCCAGAAGUCCACCUCCUUCCGCCAGGGGCCCGACGACACGGGGUCCGGGGACGGCUCAGGCUCCAAGUUCUCGGCCCUGGAGUGUCUGGAGGCCAUUGCGGCCAGCCUGUACUCCGAGGUCUUCACGCUGCUCAUCUCCCUCAUCAAUCGCGCUCUGAAGUCCAGCCAGCACUCGCUGUGCUCCCUGCUCAUCGUGGACACUCCGGGGUUCCAGAACCCGCGGCUGGCCAAGCGGGACCGGGGCGCCACCUUUGAGGAGCUCUGCCACAACUACGCCCAGGAGCGGCUGCAGACCCUGUUCCACGAGCGCACCUUCGUCCAGGAGCUGGAGCGCUACAAGGAGGAAAACAUAGAGCUUGCUUUAGAUGAUGUAGAGCCAAGCUCAUCACUGUCUGUAGCUGCUGUAGACCAAGCAUCAAGUCAAGCCCUGGUGAGGACCAUGGCUCGGACAGACGAGGCGCGGGGGCUGCUCUGGCUGAUGGAGGAGGAGGCCCUGCAGCCUGGGGGCUCGGAGGACAGUCUUCUGGAGCGGCUCUUCAGCUACUACGGCCCGGCUGAGGGGGAGAGCAAAGGCCACACCUUACUGCUGAAGAGUGAGCGGCCGCAUCACUUCCUGCUCGGGCACAGCCACGGGACGGACUGGGUGGAGUACGACGCACGGGGCUGGCUGAACCACGCCAAGCAGAACCCCGCCUCCCUCAACGCCGCCAGCCUAUUGCAGGACUCACAGAAGAAGAACAUCAGUGGCCUGUUCGCAGGACGCACGGGCGGAGCCACCGUCCUAUCAGGCUCCAUCGCGGGCCUGGAGGGCGUAUCCCAGCUGGCCCUGCGUCGGGCCACCAGCAUGAGGAAGACCUUCACCACGGGCGUGGCCGCCGUCAAGAAGAAGUCCCUCUGCAUCCAGAUCAAGCUGCAAGUGGACGCUCUACUCGACACGGUGCGGAGGUCCAGGGUGCACUUCGUGCACUGCCUGCUGCCCAAGGCGGAUGCCCUGAGUGGGGACGCGAGGCUCCCAGGGGGCCCCUCUCCCCGGGGCGGGGAGGGCGAGCCGUACGGGGAGAACCUGGACUCGGGGCUGAUGCAGCUGGACGUGGCCCUGCUGCGGGCCCAGCUCCGAGGCUCCAAGCUCCUGGACGCCCUGAGGAUCUACAGGCAAGGUUAUCCAGACCACAUGGUCUUCUCCGAGUUCCGCCGGCGUUUCGACGUGCUGGCGCCCCACCUGACCAAGAAGCACGGCCGGAACUACAUCGUGACGGACGAGAAGAGAGCUGUGGAGGAGCUGCUGGAGUCCCUGGACCUGGAGAAAAGUAACUAUCACAUGGGAUUGAGCAGGGUGUUCUUCAGGGCUGGUACCUUGGCUAAGCUGGAGGAGCAGAGGGAUGAGCAGACCAGACGUAACAUCACCCUGUUCCAAGCGGCCUGCCGGGGCUACCUGGCCAGGCAGUCUUUCAAGAAGAGGAAGAUUCAGGAGCUGGCGAUCCGCUGCAUCCAGAAGAACAUCAAGAAGAACCGCGGGGUGAAGGGCUGGCCCUGGUGGAAGCUGUUCACCACCGUGAGGCCGCUCAUCGAGGUGCAGCUCACCGAGGAGCAGAUCCGAGGGAAAGACGAGGAGAUCCAGCAGCUGAAGGGGAAACUGGAGAAGGUGGAGAAGGAGAGGAAUGAGCUGAGACUCAACAGCGACCGUCUGGAGAACAGGAUCACAGAGCUGUCGACGGAGCUGGCGGACGAGAGGAACACGGGCGAGUCGGCCUCCCAGCUGCUGGAGACGGAGACCUCCGAGAGACUGCGUCUGGAGAAGGACAUGAAGGACCUUCAGGCCAAGUUUGACGCGAUGAAGAAGCAGAUGGAGUCCAUGGAGAUGGAGGUGAUGGAGGCGCGGCUCAUCCGGGCGUCCGAGCUCAACGGCGCGCUGGACGACGACGACGACGACUCCGGAGGCGAGUGGCGGCUGAAGUACGAGCGGUCGAUCCGGGAGUCGGAGUUCAUCAAGAAGAGGCUCCAGCAGGAGUGUGACGACAAGGUGGAGGUGGAGCAGCAGAGCAAACGGCAGCUGGAGAGACGGCUGACGGACCUGCAGGCUGACAGUGAGGAGGUGCAGCGCUCAGUGCAGCAGCUGAAGAAGAAGUGCCAGAGAAUGACGGCGGAGCUGCAGGACACCAAACUGCACCUGGAGAGCCAGCAGAGCCGCAACCACGACCUGGAGAAGAAGCAGAGGAAGUUCGACUCGGAGCUGUCCCAGGCCCAGGACGAGGUGCAGAGGGAGAGGACCCUGAGGGAGAAGCUAUGCCGGGAGAAGGACAUGCUGACCGGGGAGCUGUUCAGCCUGCGGCAGCAGCUGGAGGGCAAGGACACGGAGGUGUGCACGGUCAGCCUGAAGGUGGAGCAGCUGGAGGCCGAGCUGCAGGACCUCUCCUCUCAGGAGUCCAAGGACGAGGCCUCGCUCGCCAAGGUCAAGAAGCAGCUGCGCGACCUCGAGGCCAAGGUGAAGGACCAGGAGGAGGAGCUGGACGAGCAGGCCGGCACCAUCCAGAUGCUGGAGCAGGCCAAGCUCCGGCUGGAGAUGGAGAUGGAGCGGCUGCGGCAGACGCACAGCAAGGAGAUGGAGACCAAGGACGAGGAGGUGGAGGAGAUCCGCCAGUCCUGCAGUAAGAAGCUGAAGCAGAUGGAGGUGCAGCUGGAGGAGGAGUACGACGACAAACAGAAGGUGCUUCGCGAGAGGAGGGACCUGGAGUCGAAGCUCAUGAUGGCCCAGGACCAGGUGGGCCAGCGGGACGUGGAGACGGAGAAGCGUCUGAAGAAGGACCUCAAACGCACCAAGGUCCUGCUGGCUGACGCACAGAUCAUGCUGGACCACCUGAAGAACAACGCUCCGAGCAAGAGGGAGAUCGUCCAGCUCAAGAACCAGCUGGAGGAGUCCGAGUUCACCUGCGCAGCCGCCGUCAAGUCCCGAAAGUCCAUGGAGGGGGAGAUCGAGGACCUGCACAUCCAGAUGGACGACAUUUCCAAAGCCAAAAUGUCGCUGGAGGAGCAGGUGAGCCGGUUGCAGAGGGAGAAGAAUGACGUGCAGUCGCGUCUGGAGGAGGACCAGGAGGACAUGAACGAGCUGAUGAAGAAGCACAAGGCGGCCAUAUCCCAGUCUACGCGGGACCUGGCUCAGAUCAGCGACCUGCAGGCUCAGCUGGAGGAGGCCCUGAAGGAGAAACAGGAGAUCCAGGAGAAGCUCCAGUCCCUGCAGAGCCAGCUGGACUUCCAGGAGCAGUCCAUGGUGGAGAAGUCUCUGGUCAGCCGGCAGGAGGCCAAGAUCCGGGAGCUGGACACCAAGCUGGAGUUCGAGAGGACCCAGGUCAAACGGCUGGAGAGCCUGGUGGCGAGGUUAAAGGAGAACCUGGAGAAGAUGACGGAGGAGCGGGACCAGCGCAGCUCUGGAGAGAACCGAGAGAAGGAGCAGAACAAGCGCAUUCAGAGGCAGACCCGCGACAUGAAGGAGGAGAUGGCCGAGCUGGCCAAGAAGGAGGCCGAGGCCAGCCGCAAGAAACAUGAACUGGAAAUGGACAUUGAGAGCCUGGAGGCGGCCAAUCAGAGCCUGCAGUGCGAUCUCAAGCUGGCCUUCAAGCGGAUCGGUGACCUGCAGGCGGCCAUCGAGGAUGAGAUGGAGAGCGACGACAACGACGACCUCAUAAACAGUUUACAAGACAUGGUGACAAAGUAUCAGAAACGCCGGAAUAAGACUGGGGACUACUCCGAAACGGACUCCGAGGUGGAGGACCGCGUGGACGGGGUGAAGUCGUGGCUCUCCCGAAACAAGGGCUCCUCCAAGAACCUGUCUGACGACGGCAGCCUGAAGAGCAGCAGAUAUGCGGCAAACGCAGACGUCAAAGAAGGGAAGGAGGGAAAAGAGGGCAAGGAAUGGAAAGAGAACAAUAAAGAGGGCAAAGAGGUAGAGCAGAGCAGGCCCGUGUCGGUCAUGAGCUCCCUCAGCUACAGGAAGCGCUCGAACCUGAAGGACUCCAUAGGGGGCGCCGGAGACGAGAGCUCCCUCUUCAGCACCCUGAAGGAGCAGUCCGACCCCCACGACCGCUCGGCCUUCCGCAAGGCCAAGUCCAAGUCCGCGGACGGGCAGGACGACGCCCUCUCCGUCAGCUCCUGGAAGAAGUCCCAGGCCGGGGACGACCUGGACGACCGUGGCUCGGUCAUCUCUCAGGCCUACUCCGAGGCCACCAGCCGUGCCCGCAAGGGUCUGGACCGCCGCUGGUCCUCCAUGAAUCCCGACUUCGACAAGGAGUCCACGGUGUCCUCUCUGGCCCCCAGCAGGGCGUCCGCCCGCCGCGGCCUGGAGCUGGAUGACGACGGCAUGUCCUCAGUGAGCGGGCUCGGCACCUCCAGCCCCCGCAAUCUGCGCCGCAGCGCCUCCUGGCGGGACGACGGGCGCAGCGACUCGUACGCCGGGACGUCCCUCAGCCCCGGCCUGAGCCGCCGGUCGGGCGGCCGCAGCCCGGGCAGCGUCAGCAUGGCGUCUCUGGCCCGCAGCAGCCGGCUCAGCGAGUUCGGGGUGAACGACGACGACGACGCUCUGAGCGUGGCCUGCAGCGAGGGCCGCUCCUCGGCCUACAGCCCCCGCUCGGCCGGCCGCAGCUUCUCCGUGCCCCCCCGGCCCCGGUCCGCCGUCGACACCCCGCCCGACACGUCCGACGUCAAGCCCGUCAGCCACCGCAACUACCUGGACCCCGACCUGGAGAAGGCCAUCAACGAGGUGCUGAGCUUCAAGCCCAUCAAGUUCAAGAGACGGAGUCUGGAGGACUCCGCCGGGGAGGAUGGGGAGGGGCAGGCGGGGGAGGUGGGAGAUGAGCCUGACGACCAGGACGACAGGAGGAGCGUCCGCAGCACGAGGAGCAGUGCGGAAGUGGGCUCCCGGAGUUCCUCCUCCGUGGGCCGUCGCUCGGCCUCCGCUCUGGACCUCACCCGGCCUGCCAGCAGCAGCAGCACCCGGAGCGGGCGCGGCCGCAAGGGCAAGAAGAAGAGCCGCAGCUCCGACUCGGACAGCUCCUCGCCGGACGAGCGUCGGAGGAAGAGCUCCAAGAAGAAGGGCAAGAAGUCCAGGAGGAGCUCCAAGAGGAGGGACACCACCUCCGACUCGUCCUCCUCUUCCUCUUCCGAGUCGUCCUCGGCCUCAUCCUCCGGGGCUUCAACCAUCUCCUACCGCAGCUCCAGCAGUGUAAAGAAGGGGCCGGCCCAGAGGGGGGAGGAGGAGGAGGAGGAGGAGGAGCCCGAGGCCCCGGUGGCCGAAGAGCGGCCCCUCAGCAAGAAGGACGAGAAGAAGAAGAAGAAGAAAGUGGACAACCUGAUGAUGAAGUACCUGUACCGGCCUGACAGCGAUUAAAGGGACUGGCCCCCGCCCGUCUACAGGAGACACUUGGGCCUGGCUGAUGAAGAGGAGCAGGAGGAGGAAGAUAAGGAGGGUGCCGCGUCCUACCGCUCAAACUCACGCCGCAGCUACCUGGAGGACAGCGAUGGGGAGGGCAGGCUGUCCGAG